CAUGAUCGCCGGCAAGGAUGUUUUCAACAUUCUCGGUGCAAUCGUUCCAAUGUACUUCCCGCCAACAAUUGCCUACAUUACUGUACGGUGGUUCAAUCUCUUCACCGACGAGCAAUCCGCCGGAAUAAACCGCUUCGUCAGACUUCUGGCCAUUCCAUUCCUCUGCUUCCACGUAAUCUCCACUAACAAUCUCCUCGCCAUUAAUCUCAAACUCUUCGCUGCCGAUUCACUUCAGAAGCUCGUCUUCCUUGCCGCUCUGUUUCUCUGGAAUUUUCUCUGUAAAAGCGCCUCUCUCGAUUGGGUCAUCACUCUCUUCUCUCUGUCCUGUCUUCCGAAUACGCUCAUCAUUGGCCUUCCAAUGACGACCGCUAUGUACGGCCAAGCAUCGGUUGGUUUAAUGAUUCAGACUGUGGUUUUUCAGGGCGUGAUUUGGGUGAAUGUGUUGAUUGUUCUGUUCGAGUAUAGAGCUGCCAGGCUGACUUUUGUGGCGGAGAGUUCUAAACUUUCGAGGGCAGAGAUUCAGAGGCGCUGUGGCUUUACGAAGCUUUUUCCAGAGGAAACAGAGGUGAGUGUUGUGUGCGUUGAUGGCGAUGGUAAUGAAGGUUUUCCGGCGAAAGAGACACGUCCGAUCGACGACGGCAGUGGUUUUGAGAAAGAUGUGGUCCGGUCGGAGCAUACGUCUUCUACCAAAGGAACAUCAAGUGGAAUGACAAAAUUUGUAGUUUGUAUGUUGUGGAAGAAGAUUAGACAAAAUCCCAUUACAUAUUCCAGUUUACUUGGCAUCAUUUGGUCUCUCAUAUCAUUCAAGUAUAACAUAAAAUUGCCAACAUUGUUGCAAAGAUGUGUAUUAAUGUUCUCAGACACAGGCCAAGCUCUCGCCUUGUUCAGUUUGGGCAUUUUCAUGGCAGCACAACCAAACAUCAUCGCUUGUUCGAUACUGGAGAUUGCCUCCGCCAUGCUCGUUCGAUUCCUCGUCAGUCCCAUGCUCGUAGCUGCCAUUUCCAAACUCGUCGAUCUUCAUGGGAUUGCAUUGUAUACCGCUAUUCUCCAGGCUGCUUUUCCUCCCGGAAUCGUUUCAUUCGUAUUGGCUAAGGAAUACAAUGUUCAUCCAAACAUAAUCAGUACUUCGGUGGUUUUUGGAAUGUUGAUUGCCUUCCCAAUAAUUCUGAGUUAUUAUCUGCUUCUGGGGGCCAUUUUUGAAUAA